AUGGAUGAGCAUGGAACCUAUUCUAGUGGCAGCUACGACAGAGUGCCAGGCGCUGCACCCCUCAGCAUGGAAAUGUUUGUCGAGCGAAACGCAAAUCUUUCAAGGGCCUACCAUGGUUACAAAAAGGCACUGGAGGAAGAUGCCGAACAUCAAUCCAACUCGUGGUACAAUAAUCUCUACAACACAUUGAAACGACCAGCUCCUGGAACUAGCAAGACCAAGACGGCCGGCGUUGGAUAUAUCACUGACGCGGGCAAGGUAAAGUGGGCAGAGCAAAAGAAGAAGGACGACGCGGAAGAAAAAAAGAGAGAGGAUGAAGAAAUCGAGACUAGAAGGAAGCAAAGGAUAGAGAAGAAAAAGAAGGAAAAAGAGGAAAAGAAGAAGGCAAAAGAGGAGAGGAAGAAGAAGGCCGCAGAGGAGAAGAAAAAGAGAAAGGAACAGAAGGAGAAGGAGAGGAAGGAGAAGCAAGCAGCAGGGCAAACAGUAGAAAACGAGGAGGAAGAGGAGGAAGAGGAGGAAGAGGAAGCAGACAAUGAGUCGGAGGAGUUGGAGGAGGAGGAAGUGGAAGAGAAGCGGAAGGUUGUGAGGAAAGGGCCCAAGCGAGUAAGGCUUGUACUGCCCGACGAGGAGUAA